AUGGCGACUCUCUCGGGCUCGAGGUCGGCGGAGAAGAAGGCGCAGGAACCAAACACUGUCCGCUUCGCCUCGCAGAAUCAAGAGAUCGAUCCUCCGCAGAGUCUUCAGUCCUCCAGCGGGUCUCCAGAUACGGUGAUCAAGGACAAUGUGGGAUCUCUGCCCACAGGGCCGGCCGGCGAAUUCAUACCGUUCGAUGCGGCGUUCAGGAAGUCCAGGCUCCAGGAAACUAGAAUGCACAACUUUGCAUUUGAUCCGGUGUCAUUGCCUGCCUCCAGGGCUCCUUCCCGAGAUUCAAGUAUCCGUGACUUUAAUAGAUCGAUAGGGAUGUCCCCUCCUCCGUCACAACCACAAUCUCCUGCCUUCGGUCCCAUUGAUCUGCCUGAGCAUCCAAAGGAUGGACCCAACCGCGCCCUGCUAGAGACAACGGAGAUGACACCAGAAGCCUCUUCCUCCAGCGAGCGGCCCUCAAAGCAAUACAUACGAAAUCAAAAUUCAUUUCACUCCUCUAGACCAUCUUCGCCUUCUAGCGCGCCGUCAACCCGUCCAGUUUCAGGAUAUGGCAACAUCGCUCUUUCCAAGUUAUCAAAUGCCAACCGUGGGAAAUUCUUUGUCGGUCCAUCUGAAGACAGCCCUCCUAGCACCCCUAGAUUUGAAGGUAGACGGCCUGCUUCUCCGCUCCUUGGAUCUGGAACAAUCACUCCAUUAGGCGACGAGAACGAUCCGUAUGCCCGAGAUAAACGACCGCCGCAGUCGAAAAACCUGGCGAAUCUAGACCAGAGGUUCAUCUUUGGAAGUGUCGAUGCGAAACGCCGACCUCAUAAGUCCCAUUCUACCACGUCCUUGUCGACACAUCACAUUCAACGAGCGGCUCACGCAUCUGAUGUCAAAGACCAACAUCAUCAUCACCAUAAACACGGUCAUAUCUUCGGUGGCAAGAAGGAUCGACAUCAUCUAGACGAAAAAUUUGAUGCAAAACACUCAGGCUCCAUGUCGGAACUAAAGCGUUUCUUCCGGAUGGACCGCAAACACAAACGCGGUGAAUCACCAUCCUCUAUGAAGUCGUCUAGGUCUUCAAUCAAGCACGCUCCGUUUCAAUCUUCUACGGUUAGUGUGCCCUUUGCCGACGACCACGGGCUACAAUCCAAGUACGGAAAGCUGGGUAAAGUCUUGGGAGCAGGAGCCGGAGGAUCCGUCAGGCUACUCAAGCGUAGCUCAGAUGGGGUCACCUUUGCUGUCAAGCAGUUUAGGGAGAAACACUCGUGGGAAUCGGAGAGGGAAUACGCAAAGAAAGUCACGGCGGAAUUUUGCAUCGGCUCUACUCUGCACCAUGGCAACAUUAUUGAGACACUGGACAUUAUUCGCGAGAAUGGCAAUUGGUACGAGGUCAUGGAAUUCGCCCCUUUCGACCUCUUUGCUAUCGUUAUGACGGGGAAGAUGUCGAGAGAUGAGAUCGCCUGCUCAUGGUUGCAAAUCGUGAAUGGCGUCAGCUAUCUCCAUAGCAUGGGUCUGGCUCACCGAGAUCUCAAACUGGAUAACGUCGUCGUCAAUGAUAAAGGUAUCAUGAAACUGAUAGAUUUUGGUAGCGCUGUCGUGUUCAGAUAUCCUUUUGAAACUGGAACUGUUCAAGCCACAGGCGUCGUUGGUUCAGAUCCAUACUUGGCACCAGAGGUAUAUGACGGAAAGAAAUACGACCCUUGUGCUGCGGAUAUGUGGUCUAUUGCAAUCAUAUUCUGCUGCAUGAUCCUCCGUCGAUUCCCCUGGAAACAACCUAGGGAGGAAGACAACUCAUUCAAACUAUUUAUCGCCGAGCCAUCCCCUAAUACCCCAUCGCCGGAAGACUUUAGUAACCCCUCAAGAGGACGGCCAAGAUCGUCUGCUGGCGAGCCAGGGAACAAUCCAGCUGCAAACGGAAACAGGGGAGGAGACGGCCACGUCGCCCAUCAUCGUGGUCGAUCAGAUCACAAAGAAUACCCUAAAUCUGAUCCCGUAUCCCGCGAGUCCAAGGACGAAGCUACUGCAAAAAUCGCUGCGAAUGCGGAAUCCGGCCGUGACAAUCAGAAACAGCAAGCUGCCUCUGGCCAGCGUCAAGAGCCCAUUAAAGGACCUUGGAGACUCUUGAGAGUCCUACCCCGCGAGUCCCGACUCCUAAUCAGCCGUUUACUAAAGCUCGAUCCCAGAGAACGAGCGACAUUACAGGACAUAUUAGACAACGAGUGGGUUAGAGGCUGCGAGGUCUGCAGGCAGGAGGAAUCCGGACAGACCAUCAACGCGCCUGGACACACGCACAUAUUGGAACCCCCCGCGCCUCCGCCAGUUAAGAAAUAG